CCUUCCUCACGCUUCAGGUUAAACAUGGCAGCGCUCUUGAGAUCAGCGCGAGUGUUAAAGUUAUCUCCCUCUUCCCUGCUCCAGGUUGUAGGGGUGACAAAGCAUGGAGCACCGCUUAGCAGGUUGUUCAGCGGUGCGAUCGGUGGCCGAGGAAUCGGACUCUGCACAAGCCAAGGAGUUUCCAGAUCUGUCAGUGUAAACAGGUCCUGGUCCUCCUGCAGAUUGCUGUGGCCCUCAGCGGCGGGCGUGAGGCGGUAUGCGGCGGUCCCUGAGCAGCAGGGCAAGGAGGAGGGCAGCGUGGGUCUGCGCUCCAAGCAGGCCCAGCAGUUUGACUGGGCACUGGCCAAGCUGGACAGCUCUGUGCGCCGCACCGGACGCAUCACCAAAACACUGCUGCUGCGCAUCUUCCACGACAUUUGCCGCUCAGGCUACCCGAGUGGGAACCAGGCCCUGCUGCUGCUGCGGAGCUGUGGCUCUCUCCUGCCAGAGGCUCCCUUCACCGAGCGCACCGAGCUGGCACACCGCAUCUGGGACAAGCUGCAAGAACUGGGUGCGUCGUAUGAUGCCAGCCAUUACAAUGCCCUCCUGAAGGUGUACCUACAGAACGAGCACAAGUUCUCUCCCACAGAGUUCCUGGCCAAGAUGGAGGGCGCCAAUGUGCAGCCAAACAGGGUGACCUACCAGAGGCUCAUCGCAGCCUACUGCCAGGAGGGCGAUAUAGAGGGAGCCAGUAAAAUCUUGGGCUUCAUGAAGGGCAAGGACCUGCCAAUCACUGAAGCCGUUUUCAACUCCCUGGUGACUGGCCAUGCUCGGGCAGGGGACAUGGAGAGUGCAGAAAGCAUCCUAAAUGUCAUGAAAGGAGCAGGCAUUGAGCCUGGACCAGACACAUUUGUGGCACUGAUGACUGCUUACGCAGAGAAAGGAGACAUCGAAAAGAUCAAACAGACUCUGGAGACGGCGGAGGGCUCUGACGCCAGCCUGAUGGACAGGGACCUGAUGCAGGCGGUCUUCAGCCUGGCCAGAGCAGGACAUGCCCAGCACGUGCCCGUCAUAGUGGAGCGCAUGCGUCAUGAGAGGGGCUAUGUGCCAGACGCCAUGAACCUAUGCCUGAGCCUGAUCACCCAGGGUCAGGAGGACACUGCGUACACCGUGCUGAAGACCUUCCCCCGACUGCAGGAGGAGGGACAGAGUGGGGAGACGCCUGACCUGGGCAACUUCUUCCUACGCCACUGCAUCAACAUGGACAAGCCCAUAGAGAAGCUGGCCCACUACUGCAGAGACCUGAAUGACUCUGGACUGCACGCCAGCCCCAUGCAGUUUGCUCUCUACUGCGCCCUGGAGGCCAAAAAGACCGGUCUGGCGGUUGAGCUGAUGAAGGUGAUGAAGGAUGAAGGCCUCCCUGUCCGUCCGCACUAUUUCUGGCCACUGCUCACACACCACCAGCGAGAGAAGAACACACCUGGGACUAUGGAGGUGUUGAGGGGGAUGCAGGAGUUGGGAGUGCUCCCUGACGUGGACACCACCUCCCAGUACAUCCUGCCCUGCUUCCCCAACAUGGAGAGUGCUCGCACAGCUCUGAAGGAGGCAGGUUGUAAGGUGGAGUCUGAGGGCUUUGCUACAGCUGAACUGAGGGCUGAAGCCACUAAAGGAAACCUGGCUGGAAUACUGACCCUCAUGUCCUCUCCUUCUUUCCCAUCUGUUGACCUGAGUACUUUCAGAUCGAGCCUCAUCUCUGGCUUCAGAAGAUCAAAUGAUGUCGAGAGCAUGGCAAAGGUCACUGAGCUUCUGUAUCAGGAUAAGAGAUUCUGCCCUCCUCCCCAUGAGCCCAAAGAAUACGUGGCCUACUUCCUGUAUAACCUGAUUGACGGCAUGGGCUCUUCAGAGGUGCAGGCUAAUGAGGACACGCUGCGGCAGUAUUUUACCCAGCUCAAAAGCCUGAAUAUCUCCAUCCCCGUGACUGUGUACAGGGGCAUCCGCAACCUGCUCGACUCCUACCACGUCCCCGAGCUCAUCAAGGACGUCAUAAUCCUGGUCGACAACAAAGAAUCUGUUGGCUCCAUGGAGAUGCGUGUCCCAAAGGGUGUGGAGGGUAAGCUUGCUAUGCUGGAGGGGCGUCUGUCUGAGCUGAAGGCUGAAGGGAAGCCCGUCAACACCAUCCUCAAACAGCUCAUCCAGACACUCUGUACAGAGGAGAAACUGGACCGUGCUCUGGAGCUGAAGACUCAGAACGAGGAGCACAUGGCGAUCGGGGGAUACGCCGCCCUGAUCAAUCUCUGCUGUCGCCAUGACAAUGUAGAUGAGGCCAUGAACCUGAAGAGAGAAAUCUCUCGUAAGGACUCAUCAGUUGCGCUGGAUUCCAACAAAUACAUGACUCUGGUGCGCUCGCUGGCAAAGCAUGGCCGUCUAGAGGAGGCGGUGGCCCUGCUGAAGGAGAUGAAGGAGAAGGACGUGUCCCUGAAGGACAGCAGCUCGGUGCUGCUCUUCCACACACUCAACGCCGCCGCGCUCAAGGGCGAGGUGGACACCAUCCGCCAGCUCCAGGACACCGCCUUCACCCUCGGACUGGCCAAGCCUACCGCCAACCUCUGCUCGCCGCUCAUCACUGUGUACCUGGAGAGUGGGAAUCUGGCCGGUGCCUUGGAGGCCUCUAUAGAAUGCCACCGUCAAUACAACCAGAUGCCUCGAAUCCAUGACGUCAUCACUGGACUGGUGGAGAAGGGCGAGACCGAGACACUGCAGAAAGCGAUGGACUUCAUCAGUCAGGAGCGUGGGGAGAUGACGAUGCUGUACGAUCUCUUCUUUGCCUUCAUGCAGACGGGCCGCUACCGGGAGGCCCGGAAGAUCAUCGAGACUCCUGGACUGAGAGCCAGACCUGGAAGACUGCAGUGGUUUGCAGAGAAAUGCAUCGCACUCAACCAGAUGGAGGUUCUGGAUAACCUGGUGGAUCUGACCGGCAAAUUGUUCGAGUGUGACAGGGAUGAGAUGUACCAUUACAUCCUCCGACUGUGCAAUGACACAGCGGACUGGCGUAAGGCGGAGGCCGUGUGGACCAAGAUGCAGGAAGAGAAUGUGAUCCCACGCGAGAGGACCCUGCGUCUGCUCGCCAACAUCCUCAAGAGCAACGGCCAGGAGGUGCCCUUCGAGGUGCCCGAGAUGUGGUAUGAUCAGAGCACACCUAAGGCCGAGGUGUCAAAGGUGAAGGAACCCGCUCCUCAGGCCCAGAAGGCCACUGACUACCAGCUGCGGGUGGUCACCCUCUGCAAGAAGGGCAAAACCAAAGAGGCAUAUGACGUGCUGAAGGGGGCCGAUAAAGCGGGUGUGGCACUGGGCCCAGCACCCUAUGACACGCUGCUCAAGGCCCUGCUGGCCGAGGGCAACCUGGAGGAUGCCUUGGUGGUCCGGGACAUUGCCAUGUCCCGCAUCCCAGAAUUCAAGCUGAGCGACAUGGCCAGCAGUCUACUUCUCAUAACGCAUGCCAAGAGGGACCAGGUCAAAGAUGCCAAGGACAUAAUGCAGAGCAUGCUACAGGCAGACCAGGUACCCAGCCAACUGGCCAUCACCCGAUUGGUCCAGGCCAUGGGUAGCCAUGGCGACUUGCAGGGCAUCCAGGAAGUGGAAGAGAAGGUGAAAUCGAUCGGUGCUUCCCUGAACCUUAGCGCCAUGGUGUUCAUCAACAACACAGCACUGGCACACAUUAAGAACGGGGACAUCGAGAGUGCAGUGGAGACCCUGGAGAACGUGUACACCCAGGGAGGGGACACUAGCCGCGCCAUCAGCAUCUCCUUUGUCUUCCGAAAGGUCCUGGAGCAGAAGAACGAUCAGGCACUGGACAAAUUGGCCGCGAUGGCAGAGAGGCUGGCCAAUCACUUUGCUUCGUACCGGGCAGCCACAGACCUGUUCCUGCAGUAUCUGGACUCUGGGCUCAAUGAGGAGGCCAAGUUCAUGUUAGCGCGCUGUAAUGCUAUUGCCGAGCAGAAGGACUUCCUGUUGUCAUACGUUGCCAGGACGUCCCAACAGCCUGGAGAAGUGAAAAAAAUUACGGCACUUGCAGAGAUGAUUCCAGACUUUACAGACAAAGAGACCCUGUACUCAUACCUGAUGAAGAGUUAUGGUGUGGAUAAGGACUUGGCGUCGGCGAAGUCUCUGUAUGAGCGCGUGCAGAAGGGGGGGCUGCAGAUGGAUGAGUUGUUUAUGAAGAGGCUGGCGCUGCUCUACAGGGAGGCAGGAGAGGCCACGCCAUUCCAGGAGCCCCCGGAAUCGUUUAAGUUCUACGCCAACAAGCUGAGGGAGAAAACGAAGGGCCAAAUCGAGAGUGGGGACGACUGAGGCCGCCGAAUCGAUCCACCGUCCGACUCCGCGGGGACGACUGAGGCUGCCGAAUCUGUCCACCGUCCGACUCUGCGACGUUCCCAAUAUGUUGACGGACUUCUUUUUUUUUGAUAUGUGUAUGCACAAGUAUAAAUUAUGUGUAUAAAUGUGAUUCUGUUAGACUUGUUAGCCUUGUCCCAGGAAGUUGAUGAUUUUGAAGAUGAUGUACAGAGGUAUUUAUGGUAAUAAACAAAUGACAUUUAA